CGGAUCGGGUAGUGUAGUGUCACCCGAAACUACAACAACAGCAAACUGUCAUGGCGGCUCCCACAAGGCUCAUCUCAAGGUUGACGCUGAUCACCGGUGGAGGCAGUGGGAUCGGGCGGGCGGUGUGCCAGCGUUUCGCCUCUGAGGGCGCCUCCGUGGUGGUCGCCGACAUCAGCGAGGAGUCGGCCAAUGAGACGCUGGGGAGUCUGCAGAGCGACCUCAGAGGGCAGGUCCACACGGCGGCUGUGGUGGACGUGUCAUCUAAAGAGAGCAUCAAGAAGCUGUUAACGAGCUUGCAGACUCGGUACUUCCAGCCUCCCUCGGUGUGCGUGAAUGCAGCCGGCAUCGCUCAGGACGACUUCCUGCUCAACAUGGAGGAGGAGCAGUUUGAUAAAGUCAUCCAGAUCAACCUGAAGGGUUCAUUCUUGAUCACUCAGGCGGUUGCUCAGGCUCUGGUGGCCUGUGGAGCGCCCAAAGGAUCCAUCAUUACUGUGGGCAGCAUCGUGGGAAAGGUAGGAAACAUCGGUGAGGCUGGCUACGCUGCCUCUAAAGCCGGAGUGGAGGGUUUAACCAGGACCGCCGCCAAAGAGCUCAGCGGGUUUGGGAUUCGCUGUAACUGCGUGCUGCCGGGGUUCAUUACGACUCCAAUGACAGAUAAAGUGCCAGAGAAGGUUGUUAGUGAGAUCGAGUCCUUGGUGCCUCUGGGAAGGGUAGGCGAGCCGGCGGAGGUCGCUGAUGUCUGCGCCUUCCUCGCCUCGGACGACUCUCAGUACAUCACCGGAGCCAGCAUCGAAGUGACAGGCGGACUUUUCAUGGGUUAAAUCAGCCGUCCGGCGAGCACGUGACUGAAGACUGUGAGACUAGUUUCUACGUAAUUAUUAUUUUUUGACUCUGAUUUUGAUUGUGUGAAUGUUUUUAUAAUUUUGAUGUGAACCUGUCACAUGUUGUCUUAAUAAACACUAGAAUGUAAUGUUGAA